GACCCUCUCUCCACCGCCGCCGCUUGUAUCGAGGGAUAGAGAAUACCGCCGGAGGAGUAGUUUAAGCCCGCCGCCUUACCGCGACCGCCGUCACUCUCCGCCAAGGCGCUCCCCACCGCCUGGCGGAUUCAAGCGCUCUCGUAGGGACGAUGGCGGUUACGAGCGGCGGAGGGGGAGUCCUAGGUAUGGGUAUGAUUAUGGAGGUUACGAUCGUGGAGGAAGGGGCGGGUACGACGAAAGGGCUCAUGGUCGCUAUAUGACUCGCCCCUCAGAUUGGCCUGAUACGGGGAGGGGUGGUUUUGAUGGCUCUCAGCCUCAAAGGGAGGGUUUGAUGACAUACAAACAAUUUAUUCAGGAACUUGAGGAUGAUAUAUUACCAGCUGAAGCUGAACGGAGGUACGAAGAAUACAGAACGGAAUACAUUUCAACUCAGAAACGUGCUUAUUUUGAAGCUCACAAGGACGAAGAAUGGCUAAAGGACAAGUAUCAUCCGACUAAUUUAGUAACCGUUAUUGAAAGGAGGAAUGAGAAUGCAAGGGCUGCAGCAAAGGAAAUUUUACUAGAUUUGCAGAGUGGAACACUAGAUCUUGGCCCAAGUUUGACAAGUUCUACGUCUAAUAAAUCUGGAAAUGCCAGCGAUCCAAAUUCUGAGGAUGAACCAGAUGUUAGUGGUAAAAGAAGAAGGCAUGGUAGAGGUCCAGCAAAAGAAAAUGAUCUAUCUACCGCUCCCAAAGCUCAUACUGUCAGUUGCGAGCCUAGAAGAAUCCAAUUAGACAUCUUACAAGCUCAGGCAUUGGUUCGUAAAGUUGAUUCCGAAAAGGGAAUAGAAGAUAAUGUUCUAUCCAGUACCGAUCAUGAUAAACUAGAGGCUGAUAAUGCUCACGGUGGAUCUAUGGGGCCAAUUAUAAUUAUACGGGGGCUGACGACCGUCAAAGGUCUUGAAGGUGCUGAGCUUUUGGAUACACUUAUAACUUAUUUGUGGCGCGUCCACGGUAUAGAUUACUAUGGAAUGUCUGAGACUAAUGAAGCAAAAGGUCUUAGACAUGUUAGAGCUGACAGCAAAGCUUUUGAUGGUUCUAACCCCUCAGUAUCCGGGGCCGAGUGGGAGAAAAAACUUGAUUCCUUUUGGAAGGAAAGGUUGAUGGGUUGGGACCAUUUGGAAAUAAUGACAGGUAAAGAAAAAAUUGAUGCAGCUGCUGUAGAAGCCUUAGACCCCUAUGUUAGAAAAAUAAGAGAUGAAAAAUAUGGUUGGAAGUAUGGAUGUGGGGCUAAGGGGUGCACAAAGCUAUUUCAUGCAGCUGAGUUUGUUCAUAAGCAUCUUAGACUCAAACACCCAGAACUUGUGAUGGAGCUGACGUCGAAAGUGCGGGAGGAUCUUUAUUUUCAAAAUUAUAUGAACGAUCCUAAAGCACCUGGCGGUACUCCAAGCAUGCAACAGCUUGCACCGAAGGAGAGGGCACCAAAACGAAGGUCAGUUUUGGAUGGUCGGCUGAGAGAUGAACGCAGUGGUGGCAGAGACCAUAGCAAGGGUGAUCGGCCUGAUGAUGAGAGGAUUGACCGGAGUGAGAAUUCACCUUCUCGUGAUGGGUCAGGAGGGGAUGAUCCGAUGCAUGAUGCAUAUGGCGGGCAAGGUUUGCACGGUUCUUCACCUUUCCCUUCCGACAUGCCACUUCCACCUCAAGUUUUGAUGCCAGUGCCUGGUGCCGGACCUCUUGGACCUUUUGUUCCUGCUCCGCCGGAGGUUGCCAUGAGAAUGAUGAGGGACCAGGGUGGGCCAUCUUCCCUUGAAGCAAAUGGUGGGCCUAGAGGAAGAAAAGGAAGGUCUGCUCCGCUAAUGGCCCCUCCCGGACCAAUCCUUGGUAUUUCUCCAGCAUUUCGACAUGAUCCGCGUCGAAUGAGAAGCUACCAGGACCUUGAUGCCCCUGAAGACGAAGUAACCGUCAUGGACUACAGGAGUUUAUAGUCCUUCAAUGCAUAUUUUUGUCUGCUGUAAACUCAAUAUUCUGUAGGAGAGAUUGCUUGCUGUUGUUUCUGAAGCUUAUGAAAUAAUCUAUAUGAUACACAUUGAAAGCCAUUGGGUAAAUCUCUAAAUCUUCCUAAUUUUUCCUACAGUCGUGAGAGAACAUAUAUAUAUAGAGAGAGAGAGAGAGAUAG